GAGGAGGUUCGCAGGGGGUGGGGGUGUUCGUCUGCCCCCCCCCCCCGCACUUCCGCUCCCGGCAGCGCUUCCGGCCCUGCCCCAUAGCAACCGUUGCGAGGAGGAAGUCUCGGUCUCACGCGGGUGACUCCUCCUGCGUCUCCCUGGCCAUGGCAGAAGUAGAGGAAACACUAAAGAGGAUUCAGGCACACAAAGGGGUUAUUGGAACUAUUGUUGUAAAUGCAGAAGGAAUUCCAAUCAGAACAACCCUAGAUAACUCUACAACAGUACAAUAUGCAGGUCUUCUUCAUCAGCUCACAAUGAAAGCGAGGAGCACAGUGAGAGAUAUAGAUCCUCAGAAUGAUCUAACCUUUCUUCGGAUCAGAUCAAAGAAACACGAAAUCAUGGUAGCCCCAGAUAAGGAGUAUCUUCUAAUUGUUAUUCAGAACCCAUGUGAAUAGACUUGCCGCAACAAUAUUUUUAGAGACACCAAUGCAGCUGUACUUUUUAAAGUAAUAAUCCUUUGAUUAUUUUCAAACAUACCCCACUGAGUUCUUACAUAAUAUAUGUAACUUGUCAUUGCUGGAACUUUUCCAAGCUAAUAUUCUCAGUUGUAGCUGUACUUUAACUUAUGCUUGAGCAAAACAAACAUUGUAUGUGUAGAUAAAUACUCAGAAGAGCAACAUGUUGAAAACCUUUUGUUAAUGGAUUUUCUGGCUAAUUCUUGUAACUAAAGAAUUCUCUUUACAUCACAA